AUGAGUAAACAAUCGACAAUAAGCAGAUUUUUUAAAUCUGUUAAAAAGGAGGAUAAUGAGAUAUCCGUAUCCAAUGAAUUCCAAGAAUCUCAAUUAGGGACAUCACAGGAAACAAGCAUUUGUCUAGAUGACUUGAAUGAUGAUGAAUUGCUCAAUGAACAGAGUUUUAACGAAAGGAAUAAAAAUAUCGAGCCGAUGACCCCCAAAACUAUGAAUACGAACUCGUUUCCUGUGAGAGAGACUGACCCUUCCGAUGACAUAUUUGCUGAAAAUGUUAAAUGGAAAUACCAGACUGCGAAUAAUGAUGUGACUUCUAACCAUUUAAUAAAUAUCAACCAGCAAAUAAAUGAAUUCGACAAGAAACUAAACAAUAUUAUGAAAAAGAGAAGUUUUGGAAUUUCAGGUUCAAUAAUUGAUGAUGAGCAGUUAGACAAUUUGAGUGAUAGCCCUGAAAUGCCAUCAAAAAAGAGGAAGACGAAUGACUCCAGGAAAUUAACUCCUUUAGACCAACAAGUAAAAGAUUUGAAACUGAAAAACAUGGACAAACUAUUAGUUAUUAGAGUUGGAUACAAAUAUAAAUGUUUCGCUCAAGAUGCCGUAGCUGCUAGUAAAAUUCUACAUAUCAGACUAAUACCUGGUAAAUUAACAAUGGAUGAAUCCAAUCCUCAAGAUGUAAAUUAUAAACAAUUUGCGUAUUGUUCCUUUCCUGAUAUCAGACUAAACGUUCAUCUCCAACGGUUACUAUACCAUAAUUUGAUUGUCUCAGUAGUUGAACAAUCAGAGACCACUGCAAUUAAGAAGAAUUCAACAAACAAGAGUAGCGUUUUUGUAAGAGAGAUUGCAAAUACCUUUUCGAAGGCUACCUAUGGAGUUAAUAACUCUUUCAAUUCUUCCCGUACUAAAGGAGAGAUUUUAGGAAAUUCAAAAAGUAUCUGGGUACUAUCAAUACAAGACGUUAAUAAUAUAUUGCUAAAAUAUGUUCUAUUUUCUAUUAAUCUCAAUAGUGGCGAAAUUGUAUUUGAUGAAAUUACCGAAAACAGACAAUCUACUGACAGUUUGCAUACUAGGAUAAAAUACUUACAACCUACUGAGUGUGUCAUAAUUUCUAAAAAUACACUGUCAGCCAAUAUUUGUAACUUGUUUAAGAAUAUUGAUUGUACGAUACACCACGAUACAGAAAAUUCGGAAUUCGAAAGUGACACCCUGGAUGAGGAUGAAAUUGCCAACCUCAAGGAUACUAUUGAAACGCUUAUUCCAAUUCUACAAACAACAAAAGAAAAAAUGUCUCCUAUAUUCACAUUAUACUCAUAUUUGAAACAAUAUUCAAAUGAAAGAUCUUUAUUAAUAUCUUCAAACUACAAAUUAUUCUUGUCAGAGUUGUACAUGAUAUUAGACCACAAUGCCCUCGAUAGUUUGAAUAUAUUUUCAAAUAACGGUAAAAAAGGUUCAUUAUUUUGGAUAUUAGAUCACACACGAACACCAUUUGGAUCGAGAGAGCUAUACAAUUGGGUGUCGAGACCAUUAAUUAACAAAGAAGAGAUUGAAAAUAGAUUAGACGCGCUAGACUGCAUGUUAAAAGUUAUAGGUGAUAUUUUUUUUGAUUCAUUAAACCAGAUAUUAACAAAAACUCCUGAUUUACUUAAGACGCUAAAUAGGAUAUCCUACGGAUCUACUUCCAGAAAUGAAGUUUAUUAUUUUCUAAAACAACUUGUAAGCAUAGGUGAUCACUUUCAAUUACAUGAAAAAUACGUGAAGGACAACAUCCUAUCUGAUACUUCAAAUAUUUUUAAAAAUGCACCUCUUCUUUCCCAAAUAUUUUCCAGAAUUAAUGAAUAUUUUGCUGAAAAUAUUCUUCCAAAGCUCUUAUCUAUGAUAAAUAUUAAUGCUGCUUUAGAUCGGGACCACAUAAAACAAAUCACUGAGUUCUUUAAUUUAAAUAACUAUGACAAUCCAGAUGAAAUUCUUAAGAUUCAACGAGACAUAGAAGAAAUCAAAAUGGAGCUGAAAGAAAGUCUUUAUGGAAUUCGGAAAUUACUGAAAAGGCCCCAAUUAGAAUAUAAAAAUGAUACAGAGUAUUUGAUCGAAAUUAGAAACACUCAAAUCAAAAAUAUUCCUCAUGAUUGGGUUAAAGUAAAUAACACCAAAGUGGUCAGUAGAUUUGCGACCCCAAUCACCUUAAAACUUGUAGAAAAACUUAAUUACGAAAAAGAGCUUCUUUUGAAUGAAUGUAAAAAACAGUACAAAAGAUUUUUGGAGAUGAUUAAUGACGAAUACGUUAACAUAAACAGAGUAAUACAUGAACUGGCAACCUACGAUUGUAUUCUAUCAUUAGCUGCUACUUCAUGUAAUGUGAAUUAUUGCAGACCAAAAUUUAAGUCUCAUUGUUCAGAAGAAAAACAGUAUAUUAACAUAAAGGAGGGUAGAAAUCCUGUUAUAGAAUCACUUGAUAUAACAUAUGUUCCUAAUAAUGUCCAAAUGGCACAACAUGAUAGUCGAAUAAAUAUCAUCACAGGUCCAAAUAUGGGUGGUAAAUCAUCUUAUAUUCGCCAAGUGGCACUACUGCUUAUAAUGGCCCAAAUUGGGUCUUAUGUUCCUGCGGUGUCAAUGGAAUCAUCAUUGUUUGAUAAUAUACUGACAAGAAUCGGAGCUCAAGAUAAUAUAUUAGAAGGGCGAUCCACCUUCAAAAUGGAAAUGGAAGACAUGCUAAGAUGUAUAUCUCAAUGUACCUCAAAAUCAUUAUUGUUAUUGGACGAAGUGGGGAGAGGAACUGGGACCAUUGAUGGGAAAGCUAUUUCGUAUGCGUUAUUAAAAUAUUUUUGUGAAUUGUCCGAGGACUGCCCUCUUGUUCUUUUCACAACCCAUUUUUCUGAAUUAGGGGCUUCCUUUGACUCCCAGCUAUUGAAAAAUUACUAUAUGGAUUUUGUUGAAGAACACAGAGCUGGAGAAAGUUGGCCUAGUGUUGUAUUUUUAUACACACUAAAACCAGGCAUUAGUAACGAUUCAUAUGGGUUAAAUGUAGCGAGAUUAGCGAAUGUCGAGAAUGAUAUAAUCUCAAAGGCAUAUGAAAAAUCUUCUGAAUUGAAAUUAUUUGAAAGAGAGUAUCUAAAAUUACUUGAAUUACCUAUACAAUUACGAGAUGCUGUUCAAGUUAAGAGAUAUUCUGAAAAUGUUCAAUCCACAACCAUUAUAGACAAAUUCAAGAAGCUCAUGGAUAUGGACAUUUCUGAACUAUGA